AUGUACACAACGCGCCGCAUACUCCUCGGCGCCCAGCCUCCACCGCCGCGCAGCUACGCCCUUGAUCUGGAGUACGUCAAGUUCAACGGCAACUCGUAUGUGCGUUCACUGGCCUUGGUGCCAUUUGCGCGGGCAGAGCUGCCGUCGCCGCGCCCGCCCCACGCGAGCGAGGUCCAUGCCCGGGCAGGCAGCCCAGAUAGCAGCCGAGUGCAGUUGCCGCCCCACACGUUGACCGAACUUGGGGAUGCCCCGACGGUGCUGGAGUUGAACCCGAGGGAGGUGAUGCGGGUGGCGGAGCCGCUACCGUGUGGCCACCUUCUUCUGCCCAAAAUUCAAAAGACUCUCGUGCAAGGAGCGGCCCUGGAGGAGCUGCGGGCCCCACUCGAGACGGAGGCGCGCAGCGCCAUGGCGUCCUUUCUCGGUCUUCGCCGAGCUCUGCGGAAAGACAGGAAGAAGGCGACUGGAGAGGAAAACGGUCUUUUGGCGCUGGCGGCGCUCCGUCACGGCGAGUCAUCGGGCGGUGACACCGACGCCACGGCAGAUUUCGUGGACGAGGCGAACGCCUUCCCAGUUUUGGAGAGCGAGAGUACGGCUUCCUUGCCGGCAGCCGACCCCACCACAGAGACUGAGAAACUGGUGAUGAGGGAGUUGCAGAUACGGCUGAGCAUUGUGCAGUUUUUCAAGGGACUGGACCCGUUCGGGAUCCCGAACAUCCACCGGUUCAACCGCGAGGCACUCGAGCUGCUCUAUGCUGCCCCGGUGGAGUCUCCCGACUUUCUCGCGGCAUCGAAGCAUAUUUGCGGCUUGCGUGCCUACAGCAAAGGCAGGCAAGGUUACAAGUCGCUCGCGUACCUCUCUCGUCACCACCCUCACUUCCUGCAGGCCCUCCUGCGCCGCAGCUUCGAGAGACCUUCUGCGUGGUACAACUGGCUCGCUGACUGUGCGUUGUCUGUGGAGGCAAACUUGAUUGAGGUGCGCAAUGCACACCGCGACGGCACCCACGUCAGUGCGUGGCGUCACGUUGGCCGCUCGACGGGCGGCGCACCGGUCGACGCCGAUCGCGUCCAGACAGCGUCUGCCCUGGUGCCGGCGUCCUCGUCUUUUAACUUUCAGGAGAGUUUGACGAUGGUAGAUCUGGCCAAGCAGAUCAAUUUGCUGUGGCGCGGUCUCGCGCAUGUGCCUGAAAGCCACUACAGCGGGAGCGAGGGCGCCUUGCUGUGCUCUCGUGCGAAGGUGUACGUUUACGGCAGCAGCGACGCCUCCGUCCUUCACCGCACGCUGGGGCUGGCGUUCACCGGGGCACCCCUACAAUGCCAUCUCUCAGAGCGAGGUCUCCGGGCAGGCUCUCGCUGUGCUGGGUCGAAGCAGCUACCUGAUGUGGCUGCUGCUGCCCACGCCGCUGCGCCGAGCUCUGUGCACCAGACACCAUCUCAGCCGCUUCGGCUGCUAAGCUCACCCCUGGAGGCGGUGAUAGUGGAUGCCACUCGACACCCUCUCUUCACGGCGGCCGGCUUUGCUCCUUCGCCCAAGCAGCCGCCAUCGCUGAUGACGGCACUCGAGAAAGCUGCAAACAGUGACGCGGCGGCGGCGGAGCUCUUGUCGGCGCCGCAGUGGCACGAUCCGCUGUGGGAUGCCCAAGCGCUUGCGUGCGUCUGUGCCUGUGCUGGCAUGGCGCGCACUCCUGCGGAAUGGGGAAAAGAUAGGAAAGCCCAGCACACGUGA